AUGGCGGCCUCCGUGGGCCCUGAGGUGAUUUGGGAGGUGCUCCAUCCGAGCUGCCCGGUGCGGGCGGAGCCCCACUGCGAGGGAAGAGUGUUGAGCUGGAAGAGACGAGGUCAGCAGAUCACCUGUAGCGAGAUCACCACCGAUGGUUGGCUCAAAGUCUCCGAUCGGGGCUGGAUGCUCUCCGACCUGCAGGGUACUCAUGGCCUUGGGAGCCUGUUACAGCCCAAGCGCGGGGAGGACAUCACCCUUGCUGUGGAUGAGCCUCAGCCACAAGGCAUUUGCUGCCUUGAGGUCACCUUUGCUCAGGUGGCCGUGCGCGCCUUCCCCAGCCGCGAUGCCAUCGCGCUGUGCUACCGGCGUCGCGGGGAGUUGGUCUUUGCGCGCUCCCAGAACUUCGCUGGCUGGUUGCGCCUCGCAGGUGAGGAAGGUUGGAUGUUAGCCUUUGCGCCGGAGCAUGGGCUAUUGCUACAGCCUCGCCUCGCACAGGAGACGGCGGAACUGGACCUUUGGGCCCUCUGCGACCUUUGGAACACCUUCCGCCGGAAGAAGCGAAUGCUCUCCCCUGCGGAUGUGAAGUCUUUGAAGGAUGCGGAGGAGGGCACCAAGAUCAUGGCCGGAAUGGACUAUGAGCACCAUGUAGCCACAGGCAAUGCAGAGCCUUUGGUGGAGGAUGGUCUUUUGACCAAGGAAGACCUGCGGCGCAGCGAGACCUGGAUCCGCCAACGGAUCUUUGCACAUUCGCUGCUGCGGAUGGCAAAAGAAGAACCUCCCUUUUGCGAACUGUGUUUGGAGAUGCGACUCACCCCGAGGCCUUUGCCUUUGGAGCUGUCGACGAAGGCAACUCUGGAGGAGGUCCAGGGGCAACCGGAACCGAAGGAGGAGCCGAAAGCACCGAAAGCUGGCUACAAUGGGCAGUCUCGAGGGGAGACCGACGGCGCGCGUUCCAGCUCCACGGCACGAGGAGGUGCCACGAAUGGCAAAGCCAGUUCCGCCAGUGGCGUGGGCGGCCGUGAUUUCUCCUUGGGCGGAUCAAAGAGCAGCGCCCCUCACCGCGGCGCCCCUCACCGCCCGCCGGCCGGGCCGACCGGGCCGAUGGGCUUCGGCGGCCGUCCCGGUGGCGGGCGGUCGGGGGGACGAGGUCCCGGUGGACGGGCCAAAGGCUUUGGCAAGGGCAAGGGCGGCUUCGGCGGCUUUGGCCAGAUGGGCCAGAUGGGCGGCUUUGGCCUAGGACCCGGGCUUGAUGGCGGCAUGCCUGGCAUGGGUGUCAUGCCGGUGGAGGUGAACGGUGAAGAGCUCUUGAUGACGGAGGGGGGGCUCCUCGUGGACCCGGAGACACAAGCGCCCGUGGGAGUGUUGAACCCCAUGACCGGAGAGGUUCAAGAGAUCACCGAGGAGCAUGUGCAGAAGUUGAUGGAAACCAUUGGUCAGAUCAACAUGGUCGAGCUCAAUGGCAGGCCAUACUUGAUGAUGGCCGGGCUUUUGGUCGAUCCGCAGACGCAGGAGGUGGCCUUUAAGGUGGAACCGGACGGCACCGUGGUGGACGCGCAGACGGGGGAGACGAUGGGCAUGGUGGAUUUGUUCGGGGAAUGGUUGGUGAAUCAACUCGGAGAAGACUGCACUAGCUUCAUUGCGGCGGAGAUCAUUGCCGGCUUCAAUCGAGUCCAGCAGAUCACCAGUGAGUUAGAUCUCGUCGUUGCGAGCUUGAAGCGAAUUCCAGAGCUGGAAGUCAAGCAGGAUUUCACAGGGAAAGUGGAAGUCCGGCGCCGGCACCCCUUGCCACCCAAACCCAAGCUUGAGAGCGAGGCGGGCUCCGUUGAGGCGGAAGCCGCCGAAGCCGAGGAGGAGCUCCAGGUGGCGUCCACCGCGGCGGCGGAUGCGCCCAUGGAGAGCGGCAUCAAAGAAGAGAUGGAGUCUUUGGCAGGCUUUCGCAAGGUGCCCAAGACCGGUGUGAUCUACGUCAUGGACGAGGCCAGCAAGGCUGGCUACUGCGCACAGACCGCCCAGCAAUGGGCGAACUUGGGACAAGGCUCACCAGAGACCACGAAGGCCAAGCAUUGGCCAACGAACAUCCGGAAACGCUUGAGCGAGCUGGUGGAGAAAGGGAAGCUGAGCUCCGAGUUGGGGCCUUUCUCAUUGCAAACCCUGGAAGUGAAUGAAGAAAACCUGCAUUAUAGCAGCGUGAAUGGUGAUUGGGCCCUCCGACGUGCUGUAGCAAAGUACUACAACGAGAUCUACCGGAAGGGCAAGUCCUCUCUCUACACCGCGGAGAACGUGGCAAUUGUGGGUGGUGGACGGUUGGCUUUGACCAGGUUGUGCUGUGCCAUGGACAAUGUGAAUUUGGGACAUUUCUUACCCGACUACACGGCCUAUGCGGAACUCUUGAGCCAGUUCAAAACCAUCAACUCCAUUCCCAUCCCCUUGGACCCGAAGAACAACUUCACGAUCACCCUCCAGGAGCUGCGGCGGGAGAUUGUGGGGCGUGGCUUGUCGGUGCUGUUGCUCAGCAACCCCUGCAACCCCACAGGGCAGCUCAUUGAGGGUGAGGAGCUCAAGAACUGGGUACGGAUUGCACGAGAGACGCAGUGCACCGUGGCUCAUGAGAUGAUUCUGACAUCGUUUGGUCGGUGCAAGGGAGGCUCCUUGGUCUUGGACGAGAUCUAUUCCAGAUAUGUCUACACCCAGCGCAUGAGCCCCACGGACGCCACCUGGCGCAUGGUCUCCGCAGCCCAGUUCGUGGAUGACGUGAAUCAGGACCCCGUCAUCAUCUUAGACGGGCUGACAAAGUGCUGGAGGAUGCCAGGUCUUCGGAUUUGUUGGAUCGUGGCACCCAAGACAGUCAUCGACGCAGUGGGUGCUGCAGGAUCCUUCUUGGAUGGUGGCCCUUCACUACCCACCCAGCGCUCCUGCGUGCCCUUGCUGAACCCCAAAGACGUCAUCGAGCAGACGGUGAUGCUACAGGUUGUGAGUGGUUUGUUCUUCCUGCUGGACAUACCCAGGAGCCGUGAUGUAGCAGUGUUGCUUUGCAUUCUUUUGCUUUGUCCGAUGCAGUCUGUGCUCGACCGAAUUCUUCGGUCAAAAUAGUAGAGCCAUGUAGAGCCAGAGUAGGCCUAGACUGAGGUGGGCGAUUGGCUUGCUUCAAGCUUCACAACUUUCCCUUGAAACAUUGACCCCAUGGUGACUUCUUGCAGUCCAUUUUGGAUGAAAUCGAUGUUUGGUUUCCUGUACACCCUGGUGUCGACGAUCCCGACCCUGAGGUUUUCACUGGUUGGUAGUGGAAAACACUCUUCCAGGGUCAGGUCUAUGUUAGGUUUGCUUCUUGCCCAGACGCUCCAAACAACCCUUGGUCC